AUGAAUGCUACUACUAAUAAUACAAAUCAAGCAGUAAAUAAAAAUUAUAAAGUAGUAGGUAAAGACUAUUCUGUAAGCUAUAGUUUUCCAUCUCGAAACUUAAAAUGGCAUGGGAUUGUUGAUUAUGGUAUAGCUGUUGACAAUAUAAACUUUCACUGCCAACUUGGUAGUGGUUCAUUUAAUUUCCAUUGUAACUAUGAAUCAAUAAGAAUCGCAAAAAUUGCAAAUUUUGAUGAAAUUAAAAUCCACUGUAAAGUGGAAUCUGAGAAUCAUAUUCCAAUAUUUAAAGUAUUUACAAUAGAAUUUCCAAUAGCAAGCUUUUCAAAUGUAAAAGCAACUGUUUGUGUCAAGCAAAUGUUAAACUUUUUAGGGAUUGAGAGUAAUAAAAAGUGGUCUGGUUUUGAGUUUUUUGGUUUUAUGAAACCAGAAGUUUUAAAAAUAAUAUCUGCUAAUCCUAUCAAUGUUGAGACAUCUUCAAAACAUAAAAUGUGUUCAGCUAAAAAAGUGUUCAAAAAAGUUGAAUUUGAAGACCACAUUCCUUUACGAUGUGCGUUAACUAUUCGAAGUCGAAAUGCAGCAGAGACUAGUUGUUUAUUAAACUCUAAAUCAAUUCAUGCACGUAAUGAAGAUAUACAUGAACUGGUUGAGUAUAUAUCAUUUGGAGAUGUAAAAAGUUAUAUUCAACAUUUGUACAAGAAAAAUCCUUCUAUUAUUACUGAGACUAUCACUAAAAUUGACAAACGAAUUGAGAUAAAUUGUUCCCAAACAGCUGAACUUUUACUUGGUAAAUGUAAUUUAUCGCAACGUGGCUAUAAAAGUCUAAGAGCUGCUAUGUCCAAAAAUUUAAUAGAUUUACCAACUUAUACAAAUGUAAGAGAAUACUGUUUAACUGCAGAAGUAGGUAAAAUAUCAAAAAUUCACGAGGAUAAUGAAAUCAUUUGUAAAUGUAUGGGAGCUAAGACCAAUCUUGCAGAAACUUUACAGUAUAUUAUUUCAUGUAAAAAGUUACUGCAUGAAAAGGAAUUUCUUAGUAUUGAAAAGCAAGCAGAUUUGUUUGCAUAUUCAAAGCAAGUUAAUUCAACAUUUUACAAUUCUAUUGAUUCAACAAAACGCACUCUCUUUAUAAAAGACACUGGUGAUAAUUUCCGGGCUGCGUCUAGAUUUCCAACAGAACAGACAUCGUUUUCACUCUUAAAUUUAAAAACAUUGAUUAAUUCUCCUUAUGGACAGUUUAUAACAACACUGUGGAGAGGCAGGGAAUCCAAAGUUAUGCUUGAUACUCAUGUUAAGUGUCAUUAUCAAGAUCUUACUGACCUUAUCAUAAAUGGUAUUAAUUUAGUAAAUCCAGAUAAUAAUUCAGUUGAACACUUCAAUGUACUUUUUUUUUUUUGUGGCCGAUUUAGGUUUUUUAAAGAACAUAAUUGGCCUAUGUUCUUGUACAUCAACUUAUGGAUGUUAAUUAAUGAAAGACAAAUGGUCUUUAAAAAUUAAGAAAUCUGGAGAAAAGCGUAGCAUUGCGGUAAUGGCAGAGUUAGGUGAAAGUGGAGUCUGUCCUGGGUGAGACACCUGACCACAAUUCUGCAC